CCUUGUGCUUAUGAUCUGUAUUUCAGCGCCCAAUGUGUCACAUGCAGCUUCGGUGCAAUUACAAUUAAGCUUGUAAUUCCUCUUCAUUUAUUACUUGGGCAGAAAUGUGCAGUCUUUUGUUAAUUAGUUUGUAUGCAUGAUCACCGUUUCUAAAUAGAAACAAGCUGUUUAAGGUUUCCUUGUUUCGGCGGUGUCAUUUUGCAUAAUAAUAUCCAUGUGCAUAUAUGUAAUUGAUCAGCUCCUACGUUAACGAUGCGUGUGCUGCAUUGCUGCGGCAUGAAAAGCAUGUUUUUUUUUUUCUGUAAGCCGCAUUGGCCGCGCGCUCUUGGCCUUCGUGUAUAUAUAUAUAUAUUAUCCAGGCUAAUAGACGCGGUCAGCUGCUUGACAAUGCAUGACAGAGCGAUAAACCUAACGUGCAUGCCCAGGCAGAGAAGUUACAACGCAAACGCUCACUUCCAAAACUCUUUUUGAUUACUGCAGGGCCACGAUUUUGUAGCGAUGCCUUCCGCUCGAUCAUAUGCCCCUCUUAUCAUCCACCGCUCAUGGCCGGCUAGGCCGGUAUUUGGUAGCGAUGCCUUUAAUGUAAUAAUGUCUUUACGCGCUUAUCGUGCUUUUUCAGUGGACGGAGCGACGGUCCGCUCGCAUUAUCAACGGGAUCAGCCGGCCGUGAGCGGUGGAUGAUAAGAAUAGAGUAGAAUAAGUCAUAAUGCCUUGAUACAAAAUCGCGGCCCUGAUCGCUUUGAUAACGCGGGCGGGGCGUCGCUCUGACCCCUGACAAAGCGCGAAAAGUGCAAAAAGGAAUAUCAUCGGAGACGGAAUCGCUACAAAAUCGCGGCCCGCGCGCAUGUGCAUCUGUGUCUGUGUUGUGCGAGUUUGCGUGCGCUGAAAAUUUUUUUAUUGCGCUCAGAGAAAUCUGAUCAUGCCACUCUACAUGACGCGGUGGGCAAAAUGAAUGAACGCCAACAAUCGUGUUCAUUGACCACGUAUACAAAACACACAAACGAUCGAUGUCGAAUUCAUAAUUACUCUCAUGAGUUGGGAUGUCAUUUUAAGAAUGCUUAAGCCUGAUGCAGUUCUCAACAUUUCUUAUCUGUACAACUGUACAACUUUGUACCUUCCACCCAUGGAGGAAGGAAACAACUUGAAAAAAAAAAGGUUUUUUUAUCUUCCUCCAUGCUUCCACCCACUACUGUUGUACGGCAUUGCUUUAGUAGUAUUUUUCUUUUCUGUUUUGGUUUGGUUUGGGUGAUGCAGUGGUGGCAGUCGAAGUCGCAUGCCAAUCCGCAUCCAUAGAAUCCACGGCCAUAGCCACAGCUGUCAUCUAAGCGAGAACGACUGCGUUGCACUGUGUUAAGCUCGAGAUGCUUGUAUUCGUUGAAUAUGAAGUGGACAUGACCACUGCGGUUGUCAGGCACACCGCAGUGCAAAACUUUAACCCAGAGAAUGUCGUGGAUUUCGAUCCAAUUGUCCUCUACGACGUGUGGUGGAACGGCGAUGCGACAGAGUGCUGCACAUGGCUGAAACUGAAGAAAUGGUGCUGCACACGUCGAAAAGGCUCAGAAAUCUGUCCUUAGAAAAGGGCAAGAGCACCAAAGGAAUUAUAACUGCCAUGGCCUCUAUGGCACCUUUGUCACAGGAGCAUGCUGACAUGGACAUAUUCACUGGAGAGGCCAUCGAUGUUGUCAUCGGAUCCUCAAGAGAUGACGGAAAGGCCUCCUCCGGAUCUUCAUGGGCAACCGUGUCAUGCCGGAAGACGAGAAAAAAAAAAAGAUUGAAAGAAGUGCGCAGGCAAUUGGUGCAGAAACUCGCUGACGCGCAAAGAAGUUAGUGCUACUGGUACUGAUUGCUACGGGGCUUGUCCCAAAAGUUUGUGCACUGAGCCAGCAAAAACGCGGCAGAGAAUGUAGUGACAUGAACUGCUCAAACUUCUGGGACAGACUUUGUAUAUUUAUCUUACCAGCUUAGCACUUCUACCUUUCUUUGUGGAGUUAGUGCUUACCGUAUUUACUAAAAAAUAGGUCUAACAUGAGUAUAGGUCGACCACUAUAUAUUGAAUUAGUUGAGAAAUUUAGAAAAUUUUAGUUUGAAUUAGGUCAGCCAAU